CAAUGCACGAGAACUAUCAGGCCUGCAUUAUCACCUAUCGAUAAGGCAAUAAACUGUACCUACUCAGGUAUUUGAGGCCAACUUGAUAGGCCUUGUAAAGGUGACACACAUCGUCGGCGAUAAUCAUAACCUAUUGUGGAUUUGAAGGACGAACACCGUCCUGACAUUUUUGGAGUAUACAAGGUUAUUUUAUUUGGAGAGUAACGGGUAUAAAAGAUAUUUGACCACAGUCCAACAUGGCUGAUAAAACGUUUAUCGACGAUGUGUUGGCUGCCCACAAUCAUUACAGACGUCUCCACCAGGCGCCGCCAGUUACAGUUAACCCAAAGCUCAACAAAUUCGCCCAAGAUUGGGCCGACUAUUUAGCCAAAACAGACUCAUUUGCACAUAGCAAAUGUGACCUAAAUGGAACGCGGCUUGGAGAGAAUAUAGCUAUGAAAAUGGCAAGCAAUGCACAAGAUUACAAAGGGAAAGAGUUCGUUGACCAAUGGUACAGCGAGGUGGAGAGAUACGAUUUUAAAAAGCAUGGCGGUCCAAGCACAGGUCAUUUCACGCAAGUCGUGUGGAAAGGCUCUAAAGAAAUCGGUGUGGGCCGCGCGGUUCUGAAGGGAGGCCAGAAGGUGAUCGUGGUCGGCAGCUACUCUCCCGCCGGGAAUAUGAUGGGCGACAAUGAUAAGAAUGUCUUUCUGACGAAAGAUGGGAAGAUCACCUUGCCAGCGAAGAGUGGGCCACCAAAGGGUGCGCUGCAACCAGGGUCAGCAGGGGCGUGCCGCCCAGUGAGUCCAGGGAGGGCGGGUGGCCUGUUAGCUCGCCAACAACCAGCGGGUGCCCCAGGAAGCAGCUCGGUCAAAACGGAGACAUCGUCGAAACGACUCCCUGACGGAAGGACGGAGACCGUUGUGAAGGAAACGGUCACCAAGCCUGACGGCUCUACGGCGGUGAGCACGCGUAAGACUGUACGGUAAUACAGUGCUGCAUCCAAUUCUCCAAGCAGCUCGAAGAGUAUUCUCGCUCCAAAGGCAGACUUCCACUACACAUGAAGUCAUAUAGUCGCGUGAAGUUACCAGAAUCCACCAAUCAACUGACACGAUUAGCACAACAAAAGGAAACCAGAGACUUCUGACCAGUUAUCAGUACACAAAUGUCUUGAAUUCAGAACUGGUGAACGGACUGAUAGGGAUUUCAGAGCGGGUGUGGUCUACUCUUCGAUUACUGGUAUUUUGACUUUUACAUUUUCGGUGUGAUUUAUGGCAAAGACGUUUCGAAUGAGUUUCUUCAUCUAUUGCUUUAAACCUGACUCGAUUUUUUUUUAAAGCAUUCCAAACGUCGAUGCCCCAAAAAUGUAUAUGUGUAUCAUUCCGCUGGAAAAAAUUGAAUUGCUACCAAAAUAACUACCAAAAUCGCUACGCAAUAAUACUCGUGCGCUGUGAUGACAAUCUAUCUCAGGUCACCAAUAGAAUAAUGGUCCUUUUCUCAAUAAUGACACGCAGAUUUUUUCGAACGCAGAAGAAACUGAUUUUUGGGAUUACCCGGAAUCGGAAUUUUGCUCGCACAGAAGGCGAUUUUCCGUUAAAACUGCUGUUUUUACAUUGAACUGACAACAUUCCAGGGGGGUGAAGGCUAGUCUGACCUGGGGAGGGGGGGGGGGCAUAUCCUGGGUAUGAGGAAAUCAAUGGCUGAUUAGGCCUGAAAUUGAGUAAAUCUGCCGUUUGACGAAAGGGGUUGGGGGGGGGGGGACCGCAGGCUCUCGCAUAGGAAAAAAAUUGAAUUCUUGGGUAAGAUAUACAGUGUAUGUAUUUUUCGGACAUCAGGAAAAAGAAACCGUGUCUUUCAAAUAGGCCGUACUGUCUAAUAACCCUUUCAUAAACGGAUCUCUUCUUUUGAUUUACGUGGCGCACAUUCCAAUAUGACUGAGAAAUAUCUUAAUUAGUGUAUCCCUUUUGUCUAAUUUCAUAAUCAGGAGUGUACUCAUUUUUUUGUGGGCCACCUAUUUAUUAUUACUGUGAUUGAUAACACGUAACACACAAUUAGAGUUUUAUAAUGCACAUAUCGACCGAUACUGUCGAGCCUAUUAGACUAUUGUAUACUAAUUGACGCUGUGUAUACUCUUAAAUCUGUAUUUAAAAAGAUUAUGAUUAAUACAUGUAAAGAUGUAUUUGUUUAAGUUUUAGAAAAUGACGAU